AUGUUUAACAGUCGGGGGUCUACUACCUCAGAUCCUCAAGUUAAAAGCACUACCUCUGAUGGUAGAUACCAUGAGAAAACCAUUGAGGACUCUUUAAAAGAGUUAGAGCGAUUUUUUGGGACCGAUACACGCUCUUUACAAAUCUCAAAAGAUUUAGUGUCGUUGGAUCUAGAUUACGCCUGUGGCGUACCACUGAGUUACGGAUUAUCGAACAGUCAAAUUUCGACUGCGGCAUCUUCAGGAGUCAGCUCUACAUUAAACAGUUCAUCGGCUACUACGAAUAGUCGCGAUCAUCAUACACCAUUUUUGUCACGACAGUUUCUGCAACUAAAAGUACCAGACAAAUCCCGAUUUUUCGUGAUCAAAUCAAACAGUGCGGAUCAUAUCCAGACUUCCAUCUUGAACGGCGUGUGGUCAUCUACAGAACUUGGAAAUAAGCGGCUUUCGCAAGCUUUUCGAAGCCUUGACGCAAGUGCUCAAAUAUUCCUGUUAUAUUCUGUGAACGGAUCUGGCUGUUUUUGUGGAUUGGCUGAAAUGGUGAGCGAUCUACGGAAUCCUAGCCAUGACUUUUGGACAGAUUCAAAGCGCUUCAAGCACAUAUUCUCGGUGAGAUGGAUACUUACGCAAGAGAUUCCCAACAACAAGGUGAAGCAUUUUUCGAAUCCGCUCAAUGAGAUGAAGUCAGUUAUUCAGUCCAGAGACACGCAAGAGAUUCCAUUGAACAUAGCGCGGUCUUUGCUACAAAUCUAUGAGGAUCACAUCAAUUCACGCUAA